CCGUAGGUUGUCUGAGAUGUCACCUUCCACCUAAACAUCAUCUACCUGGCUUCAGACUUGAACUCUGGUCUCUGACUGCCGCUUAGCUCCAUCUUCUCUAACCAUUUGCAUAGAGGACCAUCACCUUCCUGGAAUCUCUAAGGGUGUCUUCUUUCCCCGCGCCCCGCUCACCAGCCCUGUUAGCUCAGCUGAGAUGGAAGUGCCCUGCCUCUCCAGAACCCCUAAACCUUCUCCCAAACUCAAUCGGGACUCUUUGGGCCCUAAGACUGUCAUUGCCUUACUUGAAAUAGAAUCACUUCCCCCCGUCUCCUGGAGUUCUGGCUCUUCCUUACGUAACAGUUGCCAUCGAGAAACUAAACAACAGACUAGAAAGAAGUGUGAAAAAUUAUUAAAAGACAUUAAGGAGACCCUUAAAAGCAUGAAAAGUUGUGAAAAGAAGACUGCAGAAACAAAAGAAUCCUCGGAGGAAACUGAGAUCGCUGAGGAACUGUCAGAACUUAAAGAAAAAGUCAGAGGACUCGAUAAGAUAAACAAAGUGCUAUUGAAAAGGCUGAUUUUCAACGAGCAGAGUGCGAAGAAACAGAUGAUGAUACUGGAAAACCAGAGCUCGGACGACACAGUACAAGGUUUGGCAUGGGAUGUGGUCGAUCCUUCAGAAGAAGGAAGAGCUAUUAGUGAAACUCAACUACAUAAGGAAAAAGCAGAGCCUGGAUUCCAUCACGUUCAAGAAGAAAAUACCAAACUUAAGAACAACAUGGAGCUGUUGCUACAGGAAGCGGAACACUGGAGUGUGCAACAUGCCGAGCUGAGUGAGCUAAUGAAAUUGUACCAGAAAUCUCAGCACAACUUAAGAGCAACUCGUGAAAGUAACGGAAUCCAUUUCCAAAUCCGACCGCAUAACGUGUGGGCUAAUUAUGAGCUGGAGGCACAGAUGAGAAAACUGAACCAUAACACGCAUUCCUUGCAUGUGAUCACAGCUUUGCUGGAGAACGAAUGCCAAAUCCUUCGGCACAGAGUAGAACUUCUCAAGGAACUCCAUCGCCAGAAAGACGCAGCUCUGGGAAGGAAGCCGACCCAGGUAAACUGUGAACAGGACAGGAAGGCAGGAAGGUAUAAGCAGAACAUGCAAGACACGGAAGUUACAUUUCAGAUCAGAGACAGAUUUUAUAAAAACCUGGAUUCUUGUCGUAAUAAGAAAGCUCGUAACAACAGAUUCAAUCGUUGUCUUGCAAAAGCUCUUCGGAGAAAGAAGAGGCCAGUCAGCAGGCUAAGAUAGAAACUACCAAAAGCAGAAGAAAAGGCAAUUCUUAAAAAAACUCUAAGACAUCCAACUCCAGGCAUCACCAACCACCAAACCGAGGGUAGAUCUGCUGGUUCAACCAAGAAAAAGCUAUGGAACAAGAAGAUGAACACAUUAUUUAUUACCUCAUUUGGGUCUUUCAUGACCAUUAGUGUCAACAUCAAGUUCCUAACUUGUCAUCUUUACAACCGGCUUGUUUUUGUUGUUAUUAGAUAGAGAUCCUAUGACACUUUAACCAAAGAAAAAAAUCUGAAUAAAAACCAGAACAAAGAAAA